AUGAUGGAGAUCUGGCUGAAGGGUUCAGGGGUGGCAGAGGAGCCCUCAGCUGAGACUGAAUCUGAGUCACUAGACCCGCCCGACUCCCCAGUCUUCCUGUCGGACAUCGGAGAGGAUGCAGAGGACCUGAGUGUGGACAGCCAGCCGGUGGACUUCAGCUCCGCCCGGGAACAGUGGGUCAGGAGGGACAGCUCCAGCUGUAAGCCCCCGACACCUUGCGGCUCCAGGAAAUCGUCUGUGAGUUGGGCCCCAGACCUGCUCACUUUUCAGGUCACGCAGACCUCCGAGCAGUCCCAAGCUGAGGAGGCAUUUAGUGCACCGGGUGCUAUACCAGCAUGUGUCCAGCAGGGGGAGGAAGGGGUACGCAACCCGUCUGUGCUCAAGGAAAAGCAGGAAGGGCAACAGGUGUUUGAGGAGACUCCUCCCAUAGAUACCGUUGCCAGGAAGUCUACCAAUCUGGUGGCAGAGAGCUCUGCUGCCAGCCCUAUUGUGCUGAAAGAGCCUUUGACAGAGCCUGGAGCGGGGCGGGAGGGAGUGGGAGAGGGAGAGGGAGAGGUGGAGAGAGAGAGAGAGGGAGAGGCGGAGAGAGAAAGUGGACAAACAAGCAGGGACAGAAACCAGAGGGCUGCCAGCAUUCACACGGGUCAGACGGAGGAGGAGGAAAGCCAAGCAGAGGGAGAGGCCAACCAGUGGUCAGAAACAGCACAACUGAAAACAGAAGCUAAUGCCGCUGCUCAACUGAAAACCGGCAAGAUGGAGGCAGACCCAUACGAUGACAACCAGAGUGACAGUGGGGUCUCAGCUGACUUCUCCCCUAUCAGCACGGGAGAGAUCUCGACCCCAACCCCCAUCUCGGACUCUCCAGAGCCUGGCAAGCCCCCUCCCAAUGAGACCCCGAUUGAGAGGGAGAUCCGAUUGGCUGCGGAGAGGGAGCAGAGCUUGCGCCAGGCCCGCGGCCUGAGCUCCACAGACCGAGGGCAGGAGUUUGUGGAUCUCCCCGUGAGGAGGCCCAUCCUUUCCCAGGCCCUGCCUUCCCAGUCGGGCAAAGACAAGAGCAAGGAGAGGCAGUUUGCCGGGAAGAAGAUGCAGCACGAGAUCAGCCAGGAGAGCCAGCGGGAGCAGGACCUGGUGCAGCUCGGCAGGGUGUCGGGCGUCUACGAGAAGGGGACGGUGCGGCAGCUCCGCGAGAGGAAGCACCUCUUCGAGGCCUUUCAGCAGCCCGUGGAGCCGCCCGCCACCAGCCCGCCCCAAAGCCAGAGGCGCACGUCGUCCGUGUCGGCGAGUGACCUCUACACCCUCGGGGUUCAGGGCGAUGAGUCCUCCGUCUCGUCCAUCUGCGGCUCCUCCAGGAGGCACAGCCUAGACCUGCUCUCCCAGUUCCAGAGCCCCACACCGCAGGCACCUCAGGGUGGACACCUCACCCACCAGCCACCUCCUGCCUGUGGGCCAGGUCUGUCAGAGGGCACCAGCUACCAGGUCAUCAUCCUGGAGGCUCCCCAGGUCCCCCAGACGCCCCCAUCUGUCCCAGACCGACCCCUGCAUCCCUCCCCCGGCUCAGAGUCUCUGACGGAAGCGCAGCCGGUGACGGUGGUGGACUCUGGGACCGCGCUGGCCUCGUCUUCACUGCCCCUUGCGAAGACCGUGGCGUUUGAGCAAGAGGAAGAGGAAGAGGAAGAGGUCAACUCCGUCAUGGUGAGGGAAAACCCCUUCUUCAAGCUGCGCUCCUCCAUGUCCCUGAGGCCAGAGGUGGAGCUGGACAUCCGGCAGGCCCAGGAGAGGGAGAGGGACCUGCGUAGGCAGAGGAGCAGCCUGUACCAGGGGCCCGCGGGGGGAGGAGAGGGGAGCACACCCAGCCCAACGCCAGCACAAAAUGGCCUGCUGGUACCACAACAUCAGACCCGCUCAACUACAUCAUCAGCCCAGCAUUCGUUUGGGACGUCCAACCUCACUCGACCCCGACCCCAAACAGACCCAGCUCAGAGAGAGCAGACAGAGGCUCGUAAAAGUCCACCCUGUGCUGUCAGGACCCCUCGGCAGAAGACUCCACUCGUGCAGCGCUGGGAGUCUGGGAUGGUGAAUGGCCACCGGGACGAAGAGGAGGAAUGACAACGUGACACACCGCCGUAGGAGCGCCCCGGAUAGGAUACUGAGAACGCCUUUUUAACAAUGUGGGAAUACUGUGGACAGAGGGCAUGCUGGGACAUUGGACUGGGAAUGGGACUGAUGAGGAACUGAGAACGUGCUCUUACUUUGGAACUGGAACUACAGGAACUCCAGGAGAACUUUAGGGCACCUAACUUCACUGCUUAGUGACUCCACAGACGCAACACAGGCCACUGCUGCAGCAGGGUUACUCGGAGCUAAACCAUCACAAGAGCAUUAACCUAUAUGUUCUUCACUAGCUUGCUAUACCUCUUUUCAAACUACCGUCAAUUAAUUAUGACAUGAUCACUGUAGAAGCCCUUAUUCAUCUGUGCAAUAACUUUAACAAGUACAUAACUUAUUUAACAUGGGUAGAUAUUACAUUAACACGAGUAUAAAAUUACAUUUGCUAUUGUUUUAGGAUUAGCUGACAGUUGGACCAGACUGUCAUUAUGUAAGAGGAAGAACAUCAAACACACCUCUGUAUCAAAUACACCUCUGUAUCAAAUACACCUUUUUCUAUGACGGUUCAGAAGUAAAUGAAUACUAAUGAUGAUAAUAACAAAUCUCUCAGUAGAGCAGCUGAAAGAACAAAUAUUGUCCGUAAUAAAUCAGCUUUCUUUAUUAACUGUUUAA